AUGGGGCGAAAUUCCAAGUCCAAGCCCAAGGCCCGGCCGGCUCAGCGCGGCAGUCAGGCCAGACCGAGUGACCCUUUGCAGAAGCUUAAGUGCAGUCAGCACUACAGUCAUGCCAAAAUGCUCGAGUUGAACCAAAAGCGGCUACAGAUCAGGUGGUAUUCUAAAUCUAUCACUUGUAUGCCGUGCGUACUAGAGCUGAAGAUCACGUUAGCAAGACGAUAUGACUACGGCGAUUCCUGGGUUUGCUUGGAGUGCCUUCUCAUGCUUUGUGGUGGCGGAGGAUUCAGUCCAGAGGGCCAUGUUAGAGCACAUCACAAGGAGGAGCCUGAGCAUCGGUGGUUCGCAAACUACAAGAAUCCAGAUGAACUGUACUGUCGUGAGUGUAAUCAGGAGGUUCCACUCAAGGUUUUUAAGUAUCGUCCAGCGAAAUCAGCAGAAGCUUCAACUGAGUUAGAGCCAAUCACCGACCAACUUAAUCUGAAGGAUGAUGAUGAUGGUGGCUUAGGGCCAAACACCAACACAUUUGAUCUGAAGGAUGAUGAUGGCUUGGAUAAGAAGGAUGUGGUGACACAGCAGAUGAAACCGGUAGAGGUGGAGGGCAAGGGAUCCAGCAGUCCAUCAUCAACUCACUCGGAGGACAUAACCAAGGAGGACGUUGCCAACACAUUUGAUCUGAAGGAUGAUGAUGGCUUGGAUAAGAAGGAUGUGGUGACACAGCAGAUGAAACCGGUAGAGGUGGAGGGCAAGGGAUCCAGCAGUCCAUCAUCAACUCACUCGGAGGACAUAACCAAGGAGGACGUUGCCAACACAUUUGAUCUGAAGGAUGAUGAUGGCUUGGAUAAGAAGGAUGUGGUGACACAGCAGAUGAAACCGGUAGAGGUGGAGGGCAAGGGAUCCAGCAGUCCAUCAUCAACUCACUCGGAGGACAUAACCAAGGAGGACGUUGCCAACACAUUUGAUCUGAAGGAUGAUGAUGGCUUGGAUAAGAAGGAUGUGGUGACACAGCAGAUGAAACCGGUAGAGGCGGAGGGCAAGGGAUCCAGCAGUCCAUCAUCAACUCACUCGGAGGACAUAACCAAGGAGGACGUUGCCAAAUAUAAUGUCAUCAGGGGGCUGCCGAAUCCCGGCAACACCUGUUUUUUCAAUGCCAUGUUGCAGUGCUUAUUGGCCCUUGACCCACUGCGCAGCAUAAUGAUGGGACAAAACGUUUGCAAAGGGCCAAUUGCUGCGCUUUUCAAAGAGCUCUUUGUCGACACAAGUCCUUCAAGCAAUGCAAAAGGCUACCUUGAUCAAAGAAAACUGUUUGCAUCUGUCUGCUCAAAAUGGCCCCAAUUCAGUACCGGCGGAAUGGAGGAUGCCGUAGAACUCAUCCAAUGUUUUCUUGAUGGUUUGGAUGAAGAGGAAGAUGAAGCACGUCAACCUUCAAUGGGUGCUUCAAAGAAGGUCGCAAUUAUCAAUUCCAUCUUUGUAGGCGAGGAGUGUAGUGCUCUAACCAGCACCGAAUGUGUACACAGUUCCAAGGGGCAACGUCAAGAGACCCGUAUAUUCUGUCUGCCAAUUCCAGAUAGGAAGCUCCCUGCUGUAGCUUCGAGGAGCAAUAAAGCUGAUGCUGAGGCACAUGAUGGCGAUAAACCUGUAUCAGUUGAGGAUUGCUUCUCCUUAUACACCGAGGAAGAGUUGGUGUCUGAUUGGGUCUGUGACUCUUGCACUGAUGCAGCUAACACAGAACGUGUUGUGGAGUUAGGUGGUGACGAUAACCAAAAUAACCAGAAACAGGGAAAAACAAAAGUUUUCAGAGCUGCAAGGAAAAGAAUGAUUAUAACCAGAGCUCCAAAUGUGAUGGUGAUUAGUUUGAUGAGGCAAAAAAAGGUUCCUAAUCCUGCUGGAUAUGAUAAAUUGGAAGGACAUGUGUCUUUCAAGGAGACUCUUAAUAUGCAGCCAUACAUAGACAAAAGGUUUGACGAGAAUGACAAUAACACCUACCGUCUAGUUGGUGUUGCUCAACACAUUGGAGUUCGGGAAGCAGGUCAUUAUAUUGUGUAUUGUUCAAAUCAUGAUGCCCAAUCUUCUGCCAAUGUCACGUGUGAGGAAUCUAGACUUGCCAACCUUCUGCCAACGUUGCCCAAUCUUGACGGUGAUUCGAUUCGUCCACCCAUGGAUGACUUGGUCCCAUGGGCUGAGCAGAGGAACCCCAGUCGGGAUAAAAGGAGAGAACAGGUUGCGGACAAGAAAAAUGCCACAUUGCUACCUAUGUUUUGGGAGUUUCUUGAUGAGCAGCUUCGUUUUGAUAGGUUUACUCUAUCCGGAGAAACGAUGCCAUAUUACCGUUUUCAAUUGUGGGGCAUGCUUGUGAGAGGUUCUGGAUCAAGGGAACUUCCCAUCCUCUACUCACAUCUCUUGAGUCGGUCAAAGGACCUUGCAAUGGGAGUCUGCAAUGGCGGCGAAAGGCUGAGGGUGAAGUUAACAGAAAUUGCUAGGAAGUAUAUGCUGGAACUUGUAACGAGUUUGAGCAUGGUGGUGACAGACUCCACAAGGAAUUUAAUGCAGCAACUCGAGCUAAGAUUUCUUGAAAUGCCCACAAAGCAUGAGGAGUUGACGGAGUCUCUUGGUGCUGCUUUGCUUAGAGAAAUGGAUGUGUAUGGUCAUGUUGGGGACCAAAUUAUGAUACCUUUACCUGACAAAUGCGCCGUGAUCCAGGGACUUACUGAACAUGUGAUUAGCAAGCACAGAGAUGGGUAUUCAUGGGAAGGUGAUUUCGGCAUAGAAGAUGUGGAUGUCUAUGAUGGCAAGGUAGUCAUCACAAAGAGUCCCAAGUUAUUUGAGAUACUACCUCAAAUAUCGCCUGAGAUGGUCACGGCGAUGGAGAAAGAUUUUGAUAGCAUUGCAAUAAAAGUGCUGAAGAAAAAAUUUACGCAUUCUGACAUUUACGUGCCUUACCUAUUACCUUUUCAUCGAUUCUUGAGUGGAAUGGAACGAUAUGCUAAAUGGUGGUCAGACCGAGUGAUGACUAAGGAUCUGCGGGAACUAAUACUGCACUUUCCUUUUUACAAGCCUUUAAGGGCUAGGAUGAACUUGCUGGUAGGCAUCUUUGAUGCAUGGAGAUCGUUCGAUGGAAAAGAUAUGAGUACCUUGCUUAAGAAAAUCUUGGAGAGGGCACCACAUGCAUCGUUAUGGUUAGAUGAGAUGAGGAAGGUUAAGAAUCAGAUCAUCCUUGAUGUCUUCUGUUACAAAGACAAGAAUCUUAGCUAUUAUGAAGAAAAACUGCAUUUCAUGAUUGAAUUGUUCAGGCAUCUUGCAGUGCAUGGUACUGAGAAGUCCUUCGAAUAUCAGUAUGAUGGCUCCCGCAAACAAAUGGUGCAAACUCUUGAUGAACUUGAGGUUGGCGGUGCUUACUACCUUGAGGGAGUUGUGGUGGAGGUUUUGACAGCUUUGUUAGAGGAAUCAGCGAUGAAAGAUAUUUAUAUUAACUGCCAAGUAUUAUUUGAUCUGCAGGCUGGAGUCUGUUUGGGAGUGCUACAAGAACUGCAAUUUCCCAUCUCAAAAUUAAAUCAGCAAUCAUUCAUGGAGGAGAAAGAUGUGGCUGAGCCCUCAUGUAGGCUUUUACUGAAGCUUGUUGAUAUUUUAGUCAGCCAUGAGUUAAGUGCCGCCCUUAGCCCUCAGGCACUGCCGGGUGCCUUCCCCUUGCGACCGCGGCAAUUUCCCAUGAUUGCGGUCUUGAAGAUAAAUAACAUAACAGAACUUUGA